UAACAAAAGUCCAGUUCAUAUGGAAGAAUUACCAGUCUUCAGCCUCGAUACGCUUGCAAAUGCAACAUCCCAAUUCCAUGAGGAUAACAAGCUUGGUCAGGGCGGUUUUGGUCCAGUUUACAAGGGGAAAUUGGAAGAUGGGAAAGAAAUAGCAGUCAAAAGGCUUUCAAAAGCCUCUCGGCAGGGGCUUGAGGAGUUCAUGAAUGAAGUGUUGGUGAUCUCUAAAGUCCAACACAGAAAUCUUGUUAGACUCUAUGGAUGUUGUAUCGAUAAAGAGGAGAAGAUGUUGAUUUAUGAAUACAUGCCAAUGAAAAGCUUGGAUGUGUUUCUCUUUGAUGAAGGACACCGAGGCAUUUUGGAUUGGAGGAAACAUUUCACUAUAAUCGAAGGGAUUGGUCGAGGACUCCUUUAUCUUCACAGAGAUUCAAGAUUGAAGAUAAUUCAUAGAGAUCUAAAGCCAAGUAACAUUUUGCUCGAUAAUAACUUCAAUCCAAAGAUUUCAGAUUUUGGCAUGGCUAGGAUUUUCGGAUCUGAUCAAGAUCAAGCAAACACAAGGAGAGUAGUUGGUACUUAUGGAUACAUGGCCCCCGAAUAUGCAAUGGAAGGAAGAUUCUCUGAGAAAUCUGAUGUUUUCAGCUUUGGAGUUCUAGUGUUAGAGAUCAUCAGUGGCCGAAAAAGUUCAAGUUCUUGGAUUGAGACAUCCUCUUUGAGCCUUUUGGGAUAUGCAUGGAUGUUAUGGAAAGAAGAAGAUUUAUCAACUUUUAUCGAUUCGUUCAUAUUGAAUCCGAGCACGGAAAUGGAGAUCAGAAAAUGUAUGCAGAUUGGUUUACUGUGUGUUCAAGAAUUUGCUGAAGACAGGCCAAGUAUUUCAUCUGUUCUUGUCAUGCUUACUAGUGAAACUACAAAUCUUCCUGCACCAUUACGGCCUGCUUUUACUGAAAGACAUGAGAGCAGAGAAACUAAGUGUACUUUGAACAAUAUCAGCAUCACAAACCUUACUGGUAGAUAA